CACGGGAAAUCGGAUGCGUCGCUCGCUGCUGUUGCAAAAACUUCCUUCCCCCACUUUGCUUGCAUUCUGCCUUUUACAUUGGACCGACGCUUAGCCUUUUUGGGUCGCUUUGUAUAUCUCUGCGGAGAUGUGCUAGGCUAGGGAGAGUAUCGGAUCCGAUGGGAGAAUCGCUUGAGAUACCUUGAUGACAGGUCUAUGGGCUGAUUUGCAGUUCUUGAAGAAUGUUUGUUCCCAGAUCUCUCAAAGUCAAGAGAAAUGCUGCUCAUGAGGAGUGUUGUGUCCCAAAAAACCCCAAGUCUUCCCAUAAUGAAUCUGCAUCUGAAAAGCCUACAGAACUCAGAGAUUUGGGGUCUGACAUCAUAAAUGCAGCAACUGUUGAGACUGAUUCAUUGAAAUCAGUAGAAGGACAUAGUGUGCCACAGAUAUUUUUAGAUUCAACUCUGGCCCUUACUGAAUCAGUGUCAGAAAACAAUGAGGACUCUUGUGAUACAGAAGAACCCAUAAAAUCUUUUAGUAAAACUCAACGCUGGCCACAGUCUGGGGAACCUCUAUGUGUGGUCUGUGGUCGGUAUGGGGAGUACAUCUGUGACAAGACUGAUGAAGAUGUAUGUAGUUUGGAAUGUAAAGCCAAGCACCUUCUACAACUCCAAGGGGAGAAGGAAAGCUUAAAGCCUACUAAGAGUGAACAAGCCAUCUCUCAGCCCACCUUCCCUGAUGCUGCUUAUGUGUAUGAAGAGAAUGAAUUCCUGUUAAGUCUUGAGGAUGAACAGAUCGAAAGUUUAAAACAGCAGCUGGGCAUAGCUGUUGAAGGGCAAGGAGUUGCAAGACCCAUUGUUGAGUUUGAACAUUGUGGCUUCCCAGAAGUUCUCAGCAGCAAUUUAAAAAAAGCAGGCUAUGAAGUCCCAACCCCUAUCCAGAUGCAGAUGAUUCCAGUUGGGUUACAGGGCAGGGAUAUUGUAGCAACUGCUGACACUGGCUCAGGGAAAACUGCAGCUUUCCUGCUUCCUGUUAUAAUUAAAGCUUCAGAAGAGACUGACACUUUGUCUGCUCUUAUUCUGACACCAACAAGAGAAUUAGCUAUACAGAUAGAGAAGCAAGCUAAAGAGCUUAUGAUUGGUCUGCCGAAUAUGAGAACUGUUCUUCUGGUUGGAGGAUUGCCUUUACCGCCCCAGCUUCACCGCCUGAAGCAAAAUGUUAAGGUAAUCAUAGCAACACCUGGAAGGCUCCGAGAAAUUCUAAAGCAAUCCUCUAUUCAACUUCAUAAUAUUAAAAUUGCUGUUGUUGAUGAAGUUGAUACCAUGCUAAAGAUGGGCUUCCAGCAGCAAGUGUUAGAAAUCUUGGAAAAUAUUCCCAAUGAUCAUCAGUCCAUCUUGGUAUCAGCCACAAUGCCUUUAAGCAUCGAAGAGCUGGCAAGCCGACUUCUGCAGAAUCCAGUGAAAAUAACAGUUGGAGAAAAGAAUCUGCCGUGUUCCAAUAUUCGCCAGAUUAUUUUGUGGGUAGAAGAGCCUUCCAAAAAGAAAAAGCUUUUUGAAAUAUUAAAUGAUAAGAAACUCUUUAAGCCUCCAGUACUGGUAUUUGUGGAAUGUAAGUUGGGUGCUGAUCUUCUGAGUAAUGCUGUUCAUAAAAUCACUGGUUUACAGACAACAUCGAUGCAUGCUGAGAAAUCACAGUCAGAAAGAACUGCAAUAUUACAGGGAUUAUUGCAAGGGAAGUAUGAAGUUGUAGUAAGCACUGGAGUCCUUGGGCGUGGACUUGAUCUUGUCAAUAUUAAGCUGGUGGUGAAUUUUGACAUGCCAUCUAGCAUGGAUGAAUAUGUGCACCAGGUUGGAAGAGCAGGUCGACUGGGUCAUACUGGAACUGCAAUUACAUUUAUUAAUAAUAACAGCAAGAGACUUUUCUGGGAUGUGGUAAAGCGAGUUAAACCAACUGGCACCAUUCUCCCACCUCAGUUAUUAAAUUCAGCAUAUUUGCAUGACCAAAAGCGGAAAGAACAGCUGAGGAGCAAAGAACAUCCGAAUGAUCUUGUAACUGGGGAUAAUCUUAUGGACAUUAUUAAAAAACAUGAUAAAAGCACCGGUAUAUCUCAAAAGUAACAAGCUAUAUUUAACAAUAUAAUUUGUUUAUGUUAACUUGUUUGAUAUGCAAAAUUUUAAUCCAUUUUUAUGGAUGUGCUUCAAUAAAAACGUAAGUUUAUAGCCCUAUUAAUUCAAAAUGACAGAGCUAAGCAAGGUAUUUUUCUUUUUCAAUUAGACCGAUAAUUUUGGUGGGAGAUGGUAGUUUAUACAUCUCCAUAAUUAUGAGGUAUCAAGAGUGCUAUUUCAGCAAGAGAUUAAUUUUGUUAACUGGAGAUAAUGACUUAUCCUUGGUCAUUUUAUAUAGUAUUUCAUUAAGGGCUUAGACCUCAGGUUAAAUGGCAAAAUACAUAUGUAUUUUCAAUGGCUGGGUUUAGUGCAAUAUAUGUAGAAAAACAGGGAAUCAGGAAAUCUCAUUCACUGUUACCAAAUAUUACAGGAUUCAUAUAUACAUUUAGUAGCAACUAAUCCUGCCAAAUCUGAGGAUAAAGGUAGUAUUUAAACAGUCAUGAUCUAAUUUAAGAUGUAUCUGAUGAACUGAAAUGCUUUGUGCAAAAUAAGCAGUUGGUUCUGAAUGUAUUUCUUAAAAUGGGCGGUUAGAAUUUGGAAAAGCAAAAGACUGUAAGAAGCAUAGAGAGUAACUGAAGUAUGAGUUAAAAUAAAGGAUCUGAGAGUCUUAAACUUACUUAAAAUGUACAUUUAAAUUCAAAUUCAAAAGAUGUUGAGACAACAAACUGGUCAAAUACUUCUGAAAGUUAUUUAUUCAGUUAUAUCCGUUAGUAAGGAUUAAGGGGCAAGCCAAUUAUAGGACAGGGGAGAUUAAUCUUUUUUUUUCUUACAAGUAAUUAUUUGCAAUCCCAGUUCAGACUGACAGUUAAUUGGGCAAAUAAAUUAAAUUCACAUGUUUUAGAUUUCUUGCCUGGACAGGAAGGGCCUCCAAAUUUGAAAAGGGGUAGAAAGAUCGUGAUUCUGAGCGAGCUAUUCUUUCUCUCCCAUUAACAUCUGGGUUAGUUACCUAUUCAAUUUAUUAAUGAGAAAUCUCUAGAAUGAGUAAUUGUACCCACUGAGUUUCAUGUUUUGAAAUUAAAACAUGCAAAGAUUGGCUACCUGACUGAAUGAACAUAUGUACAGAAGAACUGUACCAGCAUACAUAUUUAACACAUAAGAGUUUUAGUUUUGGCCAUCGUUAAUUAAUGGAGGCAGAUCAGGAAGAGAUUUCUAACUUACCAAAUCUUUGCAAGGCAACAUCCAGCCAGUAGGGAAUAUUGAGCUACACUCAGACAUUCCCAGUCUGGAUACUUUCAAGUUAGGUGGAUGUUGAUUCCUCAGAUUCUUGGCAGUAUUCAUGUUGGCUAGGAAUUCUUGGGAUUACAUCUCUGCACAUAGUUUAUUUAUUACAAAUAAGUAUAUGCUUCCAUAGGCCUAUGGAAGGGAAUCGAGUUGGGGAAAGCUAGAUAAGACUGACCCAACAGUUUACCUCAGUAGGAAACAGCUUAAAAUGAAUAUUGUUGAUUGCAGUGGAGGUAGAGUGGAUUU